AUGCACGGAAGGGAUGCCACCCUUCUCAACAACACGGGGACCACGAACCUCCACACAACCAUCUUAGAGGAAAACCUCGAGAGCGUAAACGUGGUCGAGAAGGGUGCCGACUUCAACCGUGCAAACAUGCACGGGUGGACCACACAGGUCUGCGUCCGAGGCUACGAUAUAUGGACGCAGCACCGAACGUCUUCGCAUGGAAGGGAGGCGCGAUGGAGACUGUGGAGAGGGACGCCGUCGGCUGAGAAAGAUCACGUUCCUUUCGUCUCUAAAAAAGACAUACAUGCUGGGGAACCUGAAGGUGAUGUCCUAAUUUUCAUGACAGGACAGUUUAUUAAUACAAAAUAA